CUGAAGAACACGAGUGUGAAGAAACAAGAUGAGGCUUUAUUAUUUUAUUGUCUCUUGACUCUGUUCUACAUCUCAAAACAUAUAAAAAGCUACAACUAGUUUAUGCUUUAUAUUCAUAUCCAUAGAAACUCAAGAAAUCGGCAGAGUUUAGAACCCCAAAAAAAAAAAAAUGGAUUUCAGUACCAAUGGCACUGAAGAAAAUGAACUGUAUCAUGCUCAAAUCCAUUUGUACAAGCAUGUAUACAACUUCGUAAGCUCCAUGGCUCUUAAGUCUGCUAUGGAGUUAGGGGUAGCAGACAUAAUCCAUGACCAUGGAAAACCCAUCACCCUUCCUGAAUUGGCUUCAGCUUUGAAACUUCACCCCUCAAAAGUCAGUGUCCUCCAUCGGUUCUUGCGCCUCCUAACACACAAUGGAUUCUUUGCCAAAGUUCAAGUCAAAGAAGGAGAACAAGAAGAAGAAGCAUAUGUUCUGACUCCUCCAUCGAAGCUUCUCAUCAGAAGCAAGCCAACAUGUUUAGCACCAAUAGUUCGAGGAGCACUUCAUUCAAGUUCGCUAGACAUGUGGAGUGCCUCAAAGAAAUGGUUCACUGAGGAUAAGGAACAAACGCUAUUUGAGAGCGCAACAGGGGAGAGCUUCUGGCACUUUCUUAACAAAGAUUCUGAUACAUUGAGCAUGUUUCAAGAGGCCAUGGCAGCUGAUUCCCGCAUAUUCAAGCUAGCUCUUGAGGAAUGCAAACAUGUAUUUGAGGGUUUGGGUUCCAUUGUCGAUGUUGGAGGCGGCACUGGUGGCGUCACAAAGCUCAUCCAUGAAGCAUUCCCUCACUUGAAAUGCAUAGUAUUUGACCAACCAGAGGUUGUGGCUAACUUGUCUGGUGAUGAAAAUUUGAGUUUUGUUGGUGGAGAUAUGUUCAAGUCCAUCCCUUCUGCUGAUGCUGUUUUACUCAAGUGGGUUCUGCAUGACUGGAAUGACGAACUCUCCUUGAAGAUAUUGAAGAACUGCAAAGAAGCUAUUUCAGGGAAAGGGAAAGAAGGAAAGGUGAUUAUCAUAGACAUAUCAAUUGAUGAAACAAGUGAUGGUCGCGAAUUGACUGAGUUGAAACUGGACUAUGACUUGGUUAUGCUGACUAUGUUCAACGGAAAAGAAAGAGAAAAGAAAGAAUGGGACAAACUCAUAUCCGAGGCUGGCUUCAGCAACUACAAGAUUACCCCCAUUUGUGGCUUCAAGUCUCUCAUCGAAGUUUUUCCUUAAAUUAAUUAGAACUUGUUGCAAUAAUCAAUUUAUGUUACAAUUUCAAUAAGUUUCUACUUGAGAAUCAAAUCCAAAGUAUUUAUUACUGCAUAUUAGGAAUGAAUUUUCUAAGGUUUCUCUUUGCAUAGAGAUCAUUGUUCCCUACUUGGAAAAUAUUUUGUUUCCCUCUCGGUACUCAAAAGGGAAGAAAAUUAAGCUCUUGUUAAUUGCUGAGAAAGUUAAAUCUA